AUGGCCAUUGACAAACUGCGACACACGAACAAGAGAGAAAACCACCUGCAGCAUGUCCCGUCACCGGACCUGGCCAUCGAAGCUGACAGUGCAGGGGGUAGUAUCCCCAGUCUACCAUCUUCGUCCAUCUCUCCCUCCAGCUCGUCAGCACGCACCUUCUCGCCAAAGUCAUACUCGCACUCGCCAGCUGAACGGUCUCCCCUGGCCAAUUCCUUCUCCUUCACCGAAGACCCCAACCCCGUGAUCCAGGCCAUUCCGCUGUCGCCCAAGGACCGCUUCUUGCACACGCCUCCGCACUACCCGCUGGGCCGUUUCCAACAGCAGCACCACUCUCCAUCUUCGUCCACUCUGGCCUCGGACUACGAAGACGCGCCCGACUCGUUCGACCUGAACCUACACAACAAAGGUCCCAACUCUAACAAAAAUUUAGACUCUGAUCUGUCUUGUACUGGGACUAAUUUUAGGGACCAACACCAGACUUGUCAGACUGAGCGGAAACCUCCAGUGCAAAAAAACUCCAUCACCCAAGUGUCGCCCGCCAGAACCAAAGACGCCAAAACCAUGUCCGACUCGUACCUCGUGGACUCCAACGGCCGAAAAAUCGCCCUCAAUGACCCCAACCACCCCGACUACCCCGAGGACCAGGUGUCUCAACCCCCUGUGGGCCAGGGAGGAGGCCCGGGAGGCUCGGGGGGCUCUCUGACCUCUUCGGACUCGGAUUCCGGGGCCGUACACCACCCCCAGCCCCGAAACGCCCACCUAUACGCCCCACAGAACGGCAUCCAGGCCUCAACUUCCAACCCCGAGCUAGUGGUUCCCUCCCAACCUUCGCACCACAAACCCACCAACUCCAACUCCAACUUUAACAGUACACGGUCACUAACCCACAACUCGUCCUACUCUUCUCUUCGGCAGCAGCAGCGAGGCCCCUCCCGCUCCAACACCCCACACAUGGAACCAGAGUUUAGCUACCCGCCAAAACAACACCAGGCGCCCCAGUCGCCCCGAACCAUGGCCCAGUCCAUGUCGGCCAGACACACCCCCACAGGCUCCGUGUCUUCCCAGCACCCGCUGUCCCACAUGGCUUUUGGAGGCUCCGACCCCUACCUGAGCCAGCACUCCGGAGCUGAGGCUACGGCCGCACAAAACAACCUUCCCAUGCCUCCCCGACGCCGAGAGAGACCCAUGUCGGCUCGGUCCUCCAUCUCCUCCAUGGGAGACAUUAACGGUGGCUCUUCUUCGGCCUCGCUGUCAGGCAUGGGCCACCAGUCGUCGGCGUCCAUGUUCGAUCUCUCGCAGAGCUACCUGACCCAGCUUGGCGCCAACCAGGCCACCCUCAUGCCCCGAAUCAAAACCAUCGAGCUCUACCGAAAGAACGCCAAGAAGAGCAACGACCCCGCAGUCCAGUACCAGUUUGCCCAGUACCUUCUGCAAACGGCGCUCAUGGCAGGAGCAAACAAGCAUUCCCCCACGUCGUCCAUGUUGUCCAACGUGUCCAACACGAGCCCUCUCCCCUCCCCUGCCGGCCGAGACGAGUCGCCCCGAAGACCUGGACAGAAGAUGGAUGAGGACAAGGCCGCCGAGCAGCUCAAGAAGGACCUGCUCAAGGAGGCCAUUGUCCAUCUACGACGACUAGUUGAUCGUGGCCACCCGGACGCCCAGUAUCUACUGGGAGACGCCUACUUCUCCGGCGCAUUUGGAAAGCCUGAUCUCAAGGACGCUUACACCCUCUUCCAGAUGGCGUCCAAGCAUGGCCACCCCGAGGCCACAUACCGAGCAGCUCUGUGUCUAGAGGAAGGCUGGGGAUGCUCCAAAGAUACCCGAAAGGCUGUGCAAAUGUACCGAGCGGCCGCCUCCAAGCAGCACGUUGGAGCCAUGUUCCGUCUGGGCAUGGCCUGUUUCUACUCUCUCAUGGGUAUCCCCAACAUUGAUGCAUCCAAGCUGGAAGGAGUCAAGUGGCUCAGUCGAGCGGCCGAAAACGCCAGCGAGCUGUACCCUCGAGGUCCCUUUGAGCUGGCCAAAAUCUACGAGGUGGGCUACAAGGACCUCAUCAUCAAGGACAACGACUACGCCGUGCAGCUCUACGUGCGGUCUGCCGAUCUCAACUUUGCUCCGGCCGCCUCUCUCAUGGGCCAUGCUUACGAGCAUGGCACCCUUAACUGUCCCCAGGACCCUGCUCUGUCCAUCCACUACUACACAGUCGGCGCCACUGCUGGCGACGAGGCCUCCAUGCUGGCCAUGUGCGCGUGGUACAUGGUCGGUGCCGAUCCCAUUCUUCCUCAGGAUGAGGAUGAGGGCUUUGAGUGGGCCAAAAAGGCCGCUGAUGCUGGCUAUGCCAAGGCCCAGUUUGUUACCGGAUACUUUUUGGAGCAGGGCAUUGGUACUGACCGAGAUAUUUUGCAGUCGUCGGUCUACUACCGAAAGGCCGCUGCUGGAGGAGAUGAGCGAGCCAUUGAGCGUCUCAAGAAGGGAGAGGCUCGUCAAGUGUCUGGCCAGAGUGUUGAAAACCCUGCAGAUAAGGCUGCUAACAAGGGCAAGAAGAAGAACGGCAAGGAAGGUAAGGAGGGUAAGGAAGGCAAGGAUGACAAGGAUUGUGUCAUCAUGUAA